AUGACGAUGUGGCGAGUAUUUUUGUUCGCUUUGGCCGUGGUCGCCGCGAGGGCCUCUCAUUUCUCCUCCCUGGAAGGUCAUGGUCUUCAUUCGAGCGAGCCGAAGCUUAUCUCGCAAUCGGUUCAUCUCAAAGAAAUACCGACCAAAAUCAUCAAGGUCACGAAAACCGCGGUCGUCAAGGUGCCAGUUCCCUAUCCAGUCAAGGUACCCCAUCAUAUACCGGUCCCGGUGCCAGUGAACCAUCCGAUCGCUGUUCCGUAUACGAAGCUGGUGAAAGUUCAGGAACACGUGCCGGUCGAGGUGUCCAGGCCGGUCCCGAUCGAGAUCCAUCAGCAAGUACCGGUGGUGGUGCCGAAGGCGGUCCCGGUACCGCAGCCGAUUCCGGUUCCUCAUCCCGUAACGGUGAACAAGCCUGUCUUCUACCCGGUACCACACCCGAUUCCAUAUCAGGCGAGCCAUUCCGAGGGUGGGAUCGGAGGUGGAGCUGGUGGAUACGAUUCUGGGGAUCACGGGGGCCACGAAUCGGAGAGUUACAGCUCUUACACGGUGAAUCAACACGGCCACGAGCAGGACGUCCAAGGUGGACACUUCCAACCAUCUCAACCCGAUUACGGCUCGCAUCAUUGA